AUGGGUGGUACAAACCACACGGCAGUAACAGAGUUCCUUUUCCUGGGGUUCCCGGGCACGCCCUCUCUGCAGCACAUGCUCUUCGUGAUGUUUCUCACCGUGUACCUGCUCUCCCUUAUGGCAAACACCCUCAUCAUUGUCUUUGUUCUCAUGGAUUCCACACUGCAGACGCCCAUGUACAUUUUCUUGGGAAAUUUGUCCUUCCUGGAGAUCUGGUACACAACCACCACGGUGCCUAAAUUCCUGGCCACCCUCCUCUCCAAGGCUGUCACCAUCUCUGUCACUGGCUGCAUCACCCAGUACUACUUCUUUUUCUCCAUGGGAGCCACAGAGUGCAUCCUGCUGGCCAUGAUGGCCUAUGACCGCUAUGUGGCCAUUUGCAACCCUCUGCGCUACUCGCUCCUCAUGAGCCUCCAGAUUUGCCUGCGCUGCUCUGCAGGGUCUUGGAGGGGCUUUAUUGCCCCCCUUCCACCUACCAUACUUAUCACUCAUCUGAACUUCUGUGGUCCCCAGAAGAUCAACCAUUUCUUUUGUGACUCAGACCCGAUUUUUAAGCUCUCCUGCUCAGACACAUUCUUGGUGGAGGCCAUGGGCUACACUUGCAGCUCUGUUGUGAUUCUCAGUUCCUUCCUUCUCACCAUGUCCUCCUACAGCAACAUUGUGGUCACCAUCAUCAGGCUGUCUUCCCGGGAGGCUCGCAAGAAGACUUUCUCAACCUGUGCCUCCCACCUCACUGUAGUCACCAUCUAUUACGGCACCAUCAUCUUUACCUAUGUCUGCCCUCCCUCCAAGUAUAACUUCACCACCAGGAAGGUGGUCUCAGUGUUCUACUGUGUGAUCACCUCCCUGGUAAACCCUCUCAUUUACACUCUGAGAAACAAAGAUAUGAAGAAUGCGUUCAGGAAAUUCCUGCAACAAAAGAGAUUUCUCUUGUCCAGAAACAGGCAGGAGUUAUCAACAAAGGUGCACAAUUCAGAAUCGAUCCUCAAGCCAUAUUUUAAAAAGUUAAGGUCUUUCGUUUUCCAGAAAAUCAAAUUACCUCUGUGCCCUGACAUCCAUGUCCUCCAUAAGGUUAAGUUUUGA